AUGGAGAUGUCAAAAUAUAUUCUUGACACUGAUAUUGUUCUAAGCCUUCAAUUCAAAUCCACUAUAAAAAUGAAGUUUCAAGAAUUGAAAGCUGCUGGAUCGAUAUUCAUUGGGAUGGAAUCUGAUGAUUGGUUGUCUAACAGUAAAAAUGAGUAUUCAUCAGUUACUUUCAAUAUGGUUGGUAAGGGUGUAAAAAAUAUUGCCUUAACUGUUGAUCUCUUCAGUGUUAAGAAUAAAUCAAAGGCAAGGCAUUCUGUUUUGCUACAAUCCACCAUCGAGAAAUAUAAAGCUCAUGGGUUGCUAAGCUCGGUUACUACGGAUAAUUGCUCUCAGGUUCUUGGUGCAGGCAAUGUACUUAAGAAAGACCACAUGUGUGUCAACUUUAGAGAAUCUAUUGGCUGCCUAGCUCACCAGUUGGCAUUAUUUACAAAUGACUUCAUUAACGCAAUAACGUGCGCAUUCAGUGGCGUUUUAGAUGAUGAAAUUAAUCGAUACCUUAAAGAAGAGAACGAUAAUGAAGAGGUUAGUCCUGAAUUAGAAAGUGAAACAGACGGUGAAGAUCUUGCUAUUGACGAACAAGAAGAUAUUAUUGAGGAUGUUGAAGAGUCAGUUACCACAAUUCGUAAUCAGGAGAUUUCGAAAGAAGAACAGGAAAAAAUGAAAAACUAUGAACAUUUGGGAGACACAAUAAUGAAGUCUGACGAAUAUAGGUCUCCCUCUCCCUUCCACAAAUUUAAGAUAUCUGAUUUAAUGAUGGUCCCUUAUUAA